GUGGCUUUGUUUGUCCGGAGCCGUCGGAGCCUCAGACGGACCCGAGAGACGAACUCACAUCCCCGAACCUCCAGUUUCUCUGCCGAGACCCAGCAACACCGACUAUUAUACGAUCCUGUCAGAACGCAUAAAGACAGCCAUGCCUUCCGACAGGCCCUUCAAGCAGAGGAGGACAUUCGCCGACCGAUGCAAAGAGGUCCAGCAGAUCCGUGAGCAGCACCCCAACAAGAUCCCUGUGAUCAUAGAAAGGUACAAGGGAGAGAAGCAGCUUCCUGUUCUGGACAAGACCAAGUUUCUGGUGCCCGACCACGUCAACAUGAGUGAGCUGGUCAAAAUCAUCAGGCGCCGGCUGCAGCUGAACCCCACCCAGGCCUUCUUCCUGCUGGUCAACCAGCACAGCAUGGUCUCCGUGUCCACCCCCAUCUCUGAGAUCUACGAGCAGGAGAGGGACGAGGACGGCUUCCUCUACAUGGUCUACGCCUCGCAGGAGACCUUCGGCUGCUAGGGAGGACGGAGGGGGGUCUCCAGGUGUAGAGAGAGGGGGGGGGGGGGGGGACUCCUCACCCACCAGGUCCCACGUGUCCGUGUCCUCUCUUGGUCCAGUGUCGUCUCCUCUUUGGUCAGUAAACGCAUCACGAGCUGCAGAGGACGUCCCGCCUCCGACUCCAGCUCUCGACCUUUUUAUUUGAUUUUAUUUGAUUUUAUUUUAUUUUAUUUUAUUCCGUUCUUUCACACCCACUGAUCCCAUCCCGCCAAAACAUUAGGUACACUACUGAAUGCAUUCUAAUGUGGAAAAUGUUCAAACAGUGUCGGAUUGAACUGGAUCCAGAUGAUGAUCUACAAACAAAUGAACACAUGAACCUUCAUGAAGAUGUUUCACUGCUGUACCUAAUGUUUUGUCAGGUGUGUGUGUGCAUCUCUAGUAACACUACACACACAUUAGCAUUAAGAGCAUCAUGCAAGUAAAAUGUUUUCACUGUUGGUUAGCGUACCUAAUGAAGUGGCAGACCAGAGUACGUGUAUUUAAACGAGCUAAACUUGAAGUAAACGCAGCGUCGCAGCUUCCAGACGUUUCUUUUAAUAUCGUACGUUUAUCGUCACCGGCCCGAGGCUCAACCCACUGCCCCCCCCCAACCCCCCCUCCCCCCCCUCCCUCAGCCUCCUUCAGUCUGAGGCUCAAACCCCCCCCCCCCCAGCCUCCUCCUGCUCCUCCUGCUCCUUCAGCUCCUUGUUGCUGACAAUCAGGCCCCAGAGUCACUGUGAUUCUACUUACAGUCACUUUCACAUGUGCAAUACCCCCCCCCCCCCCCCCCCCCCCCCCCCACACAACACACACUGAUACCCACCAUGUUAAUGUCUAACGAGGUGAAGUAGCUCCACUCUGUUCCUGCAGGAGACCGGGGGGGGUUGUUUAAUUUGACCUUUGACCUGUAGCUGGAGCGACGCCCCCGCUUUAACCUGUAAUAUCACCAGACACUACAGUAGCAUAGAGUUCAGCAUCAGUGUAUUUAACGUAGGAAAUGAAUGAGCUUCGUUUGCACACCAGUUAAUAUUAAUAUUAGGAAUUACUGUAUCUAUAGCAACCAGUCUUCUUUUUCUAUCCGCUCCUCUUCUGUCGGCCUUUAAUCAGUUUAUAGACGAAGGUUGUGGUGCACUACGAACCUCGCAUGUUUCUUUUUGUUUUCUUCCUUUUUAUAAAUGUAUAUUGAUUUUACGGAUAUAAUUGUAUUUGUUUUCAUUCAGAGAAGAAAAAAAAAAGACUUUUUAGAUGUUUUAGAUGAAAGAGAAGAAACUAAAUCCUAUAAUCGAGCUGUAUUACCGAGUGUGUUUCUUUUUAGGCUUCUGAUGUCGUCACUAUAUGGAGGGUGUACAUAGACGCGUUGCUACGGCGACAUUCAAAGCAUUUGCCAAUAAAUGAAGAAAUAAAGAAAAGUUGCCUUUAAAAAGAAAA